GCGGGUUGGUGACUGGUACUGUGUUACAAGGUUCAACUGUCACUGUGAUCACCCUACCCAUUAGAUCUAACCUAUCUGAUCUCCUCUUCUCCUCUGCAAUUCUGUCGCCUAACAAAGAGUUCUUUAGUCUCUGGGGUGGACGUGCCUUGUCAUUAGCUGUUUAUCUCCUCCCACCUGGACCUGUCUGACCUUUCCUCUGCUCCUUUGAACCGGACUGUUCUCUUUGGCAGUAUGAGCGAGAAGCGAGGAUGUCCCUUUCAGCUGCUGAACCGUGCGCACAGAGACUACAGUGGUAGUGGUGGUGGAGGAUCCAAGACCUUCGGGCCAAAUGGUCAUGCCACCACCAGCCUUACCAACCCGGGACCGAGCCCCAUGGGUAGGAGGAGCCAAGGCAUGGGCACCAUGGACAGUGACAGGUCCCUGGCCCUGGAUGAGGCUGCCGCUGCUACUGCUGACAGUACACGCUACUCUCCUGUUUCACUGAAACUGGAGCCCACAGCGGUGAAUAAUGGGUCAGACAUUCCCUGCAGCCCACAGACGGACACAAAGGACCCACCGCUGCAGAUCGACGGCCGGCCCCCUGCCUACUGCCCUAACCCUCCUCUCCCUCCAGCCAGCCGGCUGCGCUCCACCAUACACUCCCAGAGCCCCUACGUCACCAAGACUAGCAUGCAGGGGGAUGUCUACAACUUCCUAGAGAGACCCGCUGGAUUGAGAUGCUUCCUCUACCACUUCUUGGUUUUCCUCAUGGUCCUGGUAUGCCUUAUCUUCAGUGUCCUGUCCACCAUAGAACACUAUGCUGAUUUUGCCAGCGGAACACUCUUUGUGAUGGAGAUUGUCCUGGUGCUGUUCUUUGGGACAGAGUACGUGGUGCGGCUCUGGUCUGCCGGCUGCAGGAGCAAAUAUGUGGGGAUCAAGGGACGACUCCGCUUUAUCAGGAAACCCAUUUCUAUCAUAGAUCUGAUAGUGGUUAUUGCCUCCGUCGUAGUGCUGGGUGUAGGCUCCAAUGGCCAAGUGUUUGCCACAUCUGCUAUCAGGGGAAUCCGCUUCCUCCAGAUUCUACGCAUGCUGCACGUGGAUCGUCAGGGAGGAACAUGGAGGCUUCUUGGAUCGGUAGUCUUCAUCCAUAGACAGGAGCUGAUCACCACGCUGUACAUCGGCUUCCUGGGGCUGAUUUUCUCCUCCUACUUUGUGUACCUGGCGGAGAAGGAUGCUGUGGAUGAGGAGGGAAAGACUGGCUUCUCCAGCUACGCUGAUGCCCUGUGGUGGGGCGUGGUGACGGUGACCACCAUUGGCUACGGGGACAAGAUUCCUCAGACGUGGAUAGGGAAGUGCAUUGCUUCCUGCUUCAGCAUCUUCGCCAUCUCCUUCUUCGCUCUGCCUGCAGGUAUACUGGGCUCGGGCUUUGCUCUGAAGGUGCAGCAGAAACAGAGACAGAAACAUUUCAACAGACAGAUCCCGGCUGCAGCCUCACUAAUCCAGACACUGUGGCGCUGCUAUGCAGCAGAGAAACGAGAAGGCUGUCCCGCCACCUGGAAGAUGUAUGUCCUCACCGGAGACUACAUUCCCCCCAUGAACUCUGAAAACAACAACCCAAACCUCAGAAUCAAGCGCACCAAGAGGAAACUGAAGAUGGUUCGUGACAAUGGCUCCAUGACCAUCCUUGGAGCGAGGAAGAUGUCCAUUCCUCAGAUCACCUUCGACCACAUCGAAGAUAACGACGAGAAGAAAGAGGUCCCCUUCUUUCUAGAAGAACCCCAAGGCAUCAUCCGGAUGUUCAGACAAACAGGCGUUCAGCACUCAUGGUCCUCUUUCAAUCUGAGCUGUCCUGCCUCUCCAGUUAAGAAAAACCUGGACGGGCCUUCCAUAGGCAUCUCCCGGGGCAACAGCUUGAGUGAUGACAUGGACUAUGUCAGCGAAGACACACCUUUACCCGUGGUGACAGACGCAUCACAUUUGUUGACCAGCCCGCUCAUGGCAAAGGUCCAGGACUCAGUCUCAACUCACCACUUGAAUUCAAGAAGGUUGUCUCACGCCCAAAAAUCUGCAAUCAAAGUACUCCGGAGAAUGAAGUACUUUGUGGCCAGACAGAAAUUUCAGCAAGCGAGGAAACCGUACGACGUGAGGGACGUGAUGGAGCAGUACAACCAGGGACACCUCACCAUGAUGGUCCGCAUUAAGGAGCUACAGAGGAGACUGGACCAUACGUUGGGGAAACCAGGAAUGUUUCUGGCAGAGAAAGGUGUAGAUAAAGAAUACUACACUGUGGGAGCCAGACUGGUCCGCCUGGAGGACAAGAUGGACCAGAUGAGCCAUAAGAUGGAGGCGGUGCUGAAGAUCUUGGUGGACCAGUACAAACCCAAGGCAGAGCUGCUCCAGAGGGCCCCAGCCCCUCCACUCCCAGCCCCCUACAGCUCUCGCAUCAGCAUCAUGAGGCGUCAGAACAUGGGCGUCAGCUUGGACGAGGGACGGUGAUGUCACAGUGGGCAGACAGGCGCCAGGAAUGGAACCACCAGGGACUAGUAUGACCAACCAUGAGAUAUCAGUUGCAAUGAGAAGAUCAAUCAUUUUUAAAUUCAUUGUCAGCUGCUUGACCAGGAGGACACAGACUCCAAUAAAGAAAAGGGAGCACUCUUCUUACCUUAUUAAAAAGAUGGUGUCAUUUGGCUACUUUUUCUCUCUGUUUUAUAACCCCCAAAACCUUUACAUCACUGUCUUUGACCGCUGACCUUAGAGAGAGAACGUGAACAACUCAGCUCCUGCUUCUGUUCUCCUCUACUGAAGAGGCGUGCUUGUCUGAAAGUGAGGGCUAUAGAGAACUAUGAGAGGGGACAUGGCAGCAGUUUACUGACAGCUAGAGACGUACGGUGAUGCCGUCCAUCCUCCCUCCCCCCAUCAUGGUGAAUGGGCAUACGGGGUCCUCCUCUUCUUCAGAAGCUUCUUUCUCCCUCUUUAAUAUCAGCACUAUGAAAACAUACUACACUCUUUUUUUUGUUGUUGAAUUUUACCCCCUUUUCUCCCCAAUUUCGUGGUACCCAGGUGUUAGUAGUUACUAUCUUGUCUCAUCGCUACAACUCCCGUACGGGCUCGGGAGAGACGAAGGUCAAAAGCCAUGCGUCCUCCAAAACACAACCCGGCCCGCCACAGGAGUCGCUAGUGCGCGAUGAGACAAGGAUAUCCCUACCGGCCAAACCCUGCCUAACCCGGACGACGCUGGGCCAAUUGAGCGUCGCCCCAUGGACCUCCCGGUCGUGGCCGGCUGCGACAGAGCCUGGGCUCAAACCCAGAGUCUCUGGUGGCACAGCUGGUACUACAAUGCAGUGCCCUAGACCACUGCGCCACCCGGGAGGCCCUAAAACAUACUAGAGUCUUAGAAAAAAGGUGCUAUCUAGAAGCUUAAAGGGUUCUUCGACUGUGCCCAUAGGAGAACUCUUUGAAUAACCCUUUUUGGUUCUAAGUAGAACCCUUUUAGUUCCAGGUAGAACCAAAAAGGGUUCUCCUAUGGGGACAGCCGAAGAAUGCUUUUGGAACCUUUUUUUCUAAGCGUGUACUGAAACUUCCACAGCAUACAUUGUAGCGAAAGCAUACAUCAAUUCCUUUUUGUUUUAUAAGAUUAGCCUGACACUUUCACUCCUCAGCACAUUAUCACGUAAGAUAUGAGAAUGUAUUCAACUGUGUGCAUUCAGUGAGGCACAUCCAAGCACUAAAAUAUUAUUUCCAAGCAAACCAUCACACUAAUGAUAUUAUUUGGCGAUUGUGCAGUCAAAGUGCUAAAGCACUUGCUAAAGGGUACAGCACAGAGAAUGAGGAGACCAGCAAAGAUCAAAUCCUGAUCUUGGCACCAUUUAAACCAAAAUACAGCACCACUAUUUCUAUAUAGCCACCAAUUCAUCUCACCUUACUGUAUUUAGUUGCCGGCGUAUGUUUGUUAGUAAUAAUCGAGUGACAUAGAGAAGGACCAGGAGACUAUCUGUUGACUUUGCCCAGGGUCUGCCUCUGUUAGUGGCUGGGCCUAGGCUGCUAGAGCAGAGAAUAGUGGUGAAACAGCUCUGCAGGAACUAAUCUGCCGCUGAUUUACGGCUAUGGUUAAGCUAAUAAAAAUAGCAGAACAGUCGUGACAAGGCAGAACUCAGUAUUACAGAAAUACAGUGAGGGAAAGAACAGUAUGGAGAGUUAUGGUAAGAAGUUCAAGUUGACUCAACACCCCGUGCCAAGAUUUUCACUAGGAUAUUCCAAUGAACCACUUCACCCCACCACCCAUCCUUCUCAAUGCUAAAACACUUUCAUUUUCCCUCUUUGGACUUAAACUGCAGUGUGCAAUUUGUAAUUAAUUUGCCCCAUUAGAGCACAAAUUAUUUAUCUGUCUAUUGCUAAUUAAGUGCUGAAUUCCUGGUAAGGGGAGUUAACAAUGUAUGUGAGUUGACUAAUGAAAAGGACACUGGAAAAUGUGUACAAUUUAAACAGUAGGCUUUGAAUGGCUCACUCCAUAAUUCAGUGUGAAGGGUCUGAAAUAUCAGGUUACCUCUAAGAGAGAGAGAGAGAGAGAGGGACGUACCAAGCUUCAGCUUCAGCUUUGACUUUAAAACCCUUUAAAGCGUUGAAUAUAAUUAAUGUCUCUUUUUUUGUUCUCACUCCAUGUAUUUGUCGUACGGCCAGGACCCAGCUGGGUUUAGCCAGUUGAAAAUAGAGAACAAUAACUAAGCUAUGUGUGCAAUCCCUUCCAUAAUUAUAGUGUGCACAUUCCUCGAAAGAUGGCAACACAAAGGAGGGGUGAAACGAGAGAGAGAGGGGAGGAAGAGAAAAACACUGAACAAAAAUUUAAAAACGCAACAUGCAACGAUUUUACUGAGUCGCAGUUCAUAUAAGAAAAUCUGUCAAUUUAAAGAAAUAAAUCAGGCCCCAAUUUAUAGAUUUCACAUGACAGGGCAGGGGCACAGUCAUGGGUGGGCCUGAUAGGGAAUAGGCCCAGCCACUUGGGAGCUAGACCUACCCUCUGAGGUGCCAGGCCCAGCCAAUCAGAAUGAGUUUUCCCCACAAAAGGUCUGUAAUUACAGACAGAAAUACUUAUCAGUUCCAUCAGCUGUCCGGGUGGCUGGUCUCAGACGGUCCCAACUGGAUGUGGAGGUCCUGGGCUGACAUGGUUACACGUGGUCUGCGGCUGUGAGGCCGGUUGGACAUACAGCCAAAUAAAUAAAAAAACGACAUUGGAUCCGGCUUAUGGUAGAUAAAUGAACAUUAAAUUCUCUGGCAACAGUUCUGGUGGGCACUCCUGCAGUCAGCAUGCCAAUUGCACACUCCCCCAAAACUUGUGUUGUGUGACAAAACUGCACAUUAAGAGUGGCCUUUUAUUGUCCCCAGCACAAGGUGCACCUGUGUAAUCAUGCUGUUUAAUCAGCUUCUUGAUAUGCCACACCUGUCCGGGUGGCUGGUCUCAGACAAUCCCGCAGGUGAAGGAGCAGAUUAUUUUGGCAAAGGAGAUAUGCUCUCUAACACAGAUGUAAACAAAUUUGUGCACAACAUUUUAGAGAAAUAAGCUUUUUGUGCGUAUAGAACAUUUGUGGGAUCUUUUAUUUCAGCUCAUGAAACAUGAGACCAACACUGUUGCGUUUAUAUUUUUGUUCAGUAUGUUUUAUUAUUUUGCUGUGGUUGAAGAUUUGGAAUAUGUAUUUUAUAUAACAGGCUGCUUUUUAAAGCCAGGUUCUUUGAGAUAAGUGCUUCACAUACUGGCUGUCUGACCAUUCUCCUGUACAGUUUUAUAAGAGUUGUAAAUAGCAACAUUGACUUAUCAUGUGGAACGAACAAUCAACCUGGGAAUACUCCUGGUCUGCAGAGUGAUGAUGAGAAAUAAAGAGAAGUGUUGUAAAAUGGAUUGGAAUGACUGUAAAUUAUAUUCACAACCCUGUAAAUCUGGUGUAAAUAAAAAUCCAUUUAAUUUUC